AGCUACACUUUAUUAAACAGAACUUCAAAAUAGAUGUUUUCUCACAUAGCAUCUGUGGUUGAAUUCCAGGCCUCCUCUGGCAUCUCAGAGGAUCCUGGAUCCAUUACAGCAGAAGAUGCAGCCGCACAGAAGAGAGAGGAGCGUCUUAGGAAAUUCAGAGAGCUUCAUUUGAAAAGGAAUGAAGCUCGCAAGUUAAAUCAUCAGGAAGUUGUGGAGGAGGAUAAAAGGUUGAAGUUGCCAGCGAACUGGGAAGCCAAAAAGUCCCGUUUAGAAUGGGAACUGAAGGUGGAGGAAAAGAAGAAGGAAUGUGUAGCAAAAGGCGAAGAUUAUGAAAGAGUGAAGCUGUUAGAAGUCAGUGCAGAGGAUGCGGAACGUCUUGAGAGGAAAAGGAAAAAAAGAAAUCCAGAUCUUGGAUUUUCAGAUUAUGCGGCUGCUCAGUUGCGUCAGUAUCAGAGACUGACCAAGCAGAUCAAACCUGACUUGGAGAAGUAUGCAAAGCUAAGAGAAGAAAGUGGUGAAGAGUUUUAUCCCACAUCAAACAGCCUUCUCCAUGGAACUCACGUGCCUUGUAAAGAAGGGGUUGAUAAAAUGGUUACGGAUCUUGAAAAACAAAUCCAAAAACGUGAGAAAUACAGCCGGAGGCGGCCUUAUAAUGAUGACGCAGAUAUUGACUACAUUAAUGAGAGGAAUGCAAAGUUCAAUAAGAAGGCUGAAAGGUUCUAUGGCAAAUACACAGCAGAGAUCAAACAGAACCUGGAAAGAGGAACUGCCGUCUAGGCUUGAAUACGUGCGAGGCAAGGACAGCCACAAAGCCAUCCUGUCUGUACAAAGAUGACAAAAUUAGAAAACUUGUCUCUUGCAAAAGGACCUUCCGUGAACUUCAGUGCAGUGAUAGAAGUUUUCAAAGGACAGUAGUUCACCAUAUGCAUAAAUUAUUGCUUAGCAGAGAAACUAAAUUUUGAUUUUCAACUGUGAUUGAACUCACGGGUGGUCCUCCGUUAGCCGUUUUCAUGUGGAGAGAUACCUGAAGUCCUGUUUCCAAAUCAAGAUGUUUGCCAGAUUCAGGUUUUUGAGGGUUUAAUGUUUCUGUGGGGAAAAUAGAAGCCACUUUUCUUGUAUGGUAAAAAGGGUUUAAAAAAAAACACUAGAUUUCUGCUGCAAAAUGUUGCUUACAGAAGCUUGGUUAAAUUAUCCUGUUUUAGCAAAUACUUCUCUGGAAUAUGGCAAAAUUCCAGGAAAGGCAAAUAAAAACACAGAUUCCCCCCCCCCCCUCCAAAAAAAGUCUUUUUGGCUUUUACAUUCCUGAUUGCAUCCACACAACUCUAUCUUAAUACGGCCUGGUGUAUAUUUGCAUUUACAAAUGGCUCAUCUUUUGUGUCUGUUACUAUAAUGGGAGAGGGCAAAGUUUGGGCCACAAAUAUCAUGCAGCUGCACUGGAGCUAAAUUGCUUUUUUGUUCAGAAGAAGCCGGCCUCUGAACUCUUUACUUCAUAGGCAGGAGAGGGAAAGGAACCCUGACCUUGAAGGUUGAAGAACAGAUUGAAACCACAGGCCCACUAUCCUCUCAAGCAAAGCAUUGUUAUAGGUAGAGGCACUUCUCUUUUACGUUCACUUUUUUUAGACGUAGCCAUUAAUUUCUCUUAUUUUUCUUUUUUUUAAAGGAAAUUAUUUUAUUUCUAUUUGUAGAAAAAUUAAUGCACCCUUUUGUAACUUUAGCCCCUGCAGUUAUUUUAUUUGGCAUAUAACAGGUGGACUUUAGUAGUGUAGGCAUAUUUGGGGAGACAUGGACUGCCUAUGAAUAUCUACAGAAUGACAUUAUCAAAUUUUGUAAACCCUUCCUUCCCUUCCCUCCUUUCUUUGAAUUUUUCUUUGAUUAAGACAGAACUGGUUAGGAGCCGAUUCAAAGGCUUAAAAAGAGGAAAAUAAAAUGGAUUAUUGGAUUUCAGAGAAAUAUUGGGUGAAGAGGAGUUAAGAGAAUUUCUCUUAACAACACUACUUUUCUCCAUCAGAAGUCUUUCUCUCCUGAAGGCUCAGGUGGUUGUCAUGGGAUCCAGCUUAGCAGGAAGGUAGCAUUGCGACCCCUUUGCCCCCAGAGGGGGGGCAGACCCCCUCACCUUGCUGUACUUUACCAAAUUAUGGAGUGCCUCUGAAAUAAUACCCGCUGACACUGAAGUUUAAUAGUGUUAACCUUGUCUGUCUUUAAUAGAUUGCAUUUUGUGGGUAACGUUGCUUGGUCAACUGUGUUUGAGUUUAGGGAAAUAAAUGUAGGACAUAUUUUAAAUAAACAGUAUGCUGGGACUAAAUAAAAAUAAAUAAAAUAAAA